GGGAACCGUGUUGCGCGUGCAGCGCGCGGGGCGGCGCCGGCCCCUUGUUCGCCAUACUUGCACAGUAGCGCAGAGACCGCACUAACUGCAGAGGCACCGGAGACCACCGCUGCAUCUAACAAGAAGACAUGGCUGAGGAUGAGGUGACUCCAGAGCAGCUAGCAGCCAUUGCCGCCGAAAAUGAGGAGCCUGAGCCGGUGAACUACAAGCCACCAGCCCAAAAGACGGUGCAAGAGAUUCACGAGCUGGAUAAGGAUGAUGAGAGCCUACGCAAAUAUAAGGAAGCCCUGCUCGGCGCUGGGGUCACUGUGGCUGACCCCGGUGUCCCCAAUGUCCAAGUGAUCAGGAUGUCUCUGAUGUGUGAAAGCGCUCCAGACCCCCUGGUCCUGGACCUGCAAGGAGACCUGGAAUCCUUUAAGAAGCAGGCCUUUAUCCUAAAGGAGGGAGUCGAAUACAAAAUAAAGAUCAGCUUUAAGACACACCAUCAUGUAGCUAAGUCCGCUAUCUUAGCCACUUACGUUGAUAAAUCAGACUACAUGGUUGGCAGCUACGGGCCUCGUCCCAAUGAAUACGACUUCCUGACCACGGUGGAGGAGGCUCCUAAAGGCACGAUGGCCCGCGGCAACUACGCCAUCAAAUCCAAGUUCACUGACGAUGACAAGCACGACCACCUGUCCUGGGAGUGGAACCUCAACAUCAAGAAAGACUGGAAAGACUAAAAGAGGCCUUCGUGUCUGUGGGGGGGUCGAGGGAGUCUAAAAUCCCUCUGCCCCCAUGUGUUCCUCAGCCGCUGCCCUCAUCCCCUGCCCUGCGUCCACCAUUUCUGCCUUCUUUGUUUCUACUUGGUUGUGCAUUUCAUUCAUCUCAUGCCUUAGUUCCCACCUCGUUGUCUUCGCACACCCCAGUGUCCCUCCCACCUCUCCAUCCCACCUCUCCCUCCCACCUCUCUGUCAGCAUCAGUAGCAGCAGCAGAAGUAGCAGCAGCCCCCCUACCCCACCUCCUCCCCGCCCGUCACUCCGUCCAGCAUCUCCCCACCUGCACCUGCGCAUGAUUUACCAUCGUUCACAACCCUGCCAUCCUCACUCACCCCCUCUCCUCACCCCUUCACCCCCACACUGAGCUGUGCCAUGUAGCACGUUACUUUCUCACCCCCCACUCCUCCCAGUCUUUUUGCUGCUUGAAGAGAUUACCCCCCUCCACCUUUCCAGAAUGGUGUCUUCCUCUCUCAGUAUCAAGUACAUGUGGAAAAGCAACUGUACAAUCAACUUUUGUUUGCCUUUUUUUAUAUAAGUGUAUCAAUCGUUGUGUGAAGUGACUGUAUUCACAUCACUGUUAAUCAGCUGUUGUUUUCAUAGCGGGCCCCACCACAUCCACCGCACCACCACCACCCCUCCCCUCCCCUGGCUUUGCUUGCCUACUUUGCUCGCUGUCUUUUGAUAGAAUUACCAGAACCUGCCUUGUUAAAACAAUUCAUUCAGAGCUGCUCUUCAGCAUCUCCCUCCGUGCCCUAAAUGUAUCAACCCACUCGCUCUGUUUAAACAGUGAGUGGGACCAAAGUGAACAAGGGAGUCAAAGGUGUAAGGGUAUAGAAAUAAGCUGCCUUAUGUAUCGACUAAUGUUUCAACUUCUUGUCUUUAGCAUGCCCCGUGUGCACGAGCAGUCAUCUGUAAUAUCAAGGGCUUACUCUCGCUACCAUCUUCUCUGUUAGCCCUGCUGUAGAAGAGACUGUUUCUACAGGUCAUUCACAUACAGCUGCACACACCCACCCCCCCACCCCCAAAUAAACUGACCUCCUAAUUGGAGAGGACUGAAUGUUAAAAAUUGGAGAAAUUAAACCAAACCCUGUGAAAAUCAGCAUUGGCCCUCUCAUUCCGUUUAGCCAUGAGGCCUUAGCACUGACUUCGAUCGCGUGGAGUAAAACGGCGACAAGCAUUACUAUUUUAGUCUUUUCUCUUUUUGUUUGUUUCCCCUUUGCCUUAAUGUACAUCAUUCCCCUUCAGCGCUCCCCCUCAGAUAGCUUCAUAACUCGUAGCCCACAGUCAGGAAGUAAGUGUGGCGUAGUACCGGAGAAACCACAGAAGGAGGCUGAGCCAGGCACCGUCUGCUGCUGCCGGAGACUUCUGCGGUGUCUGGUCUCACCCACAGACUGAAACUGGCAGAGGAGGAAAUAAAAAACUGACCAGGCCAUCAGUGUUUUUACCCAGUGACCCUCAAAAAGACCUCAGUGACACGAAGGGUCCAGUGACACUACAAGAGAAACACAAGUGACCUGUCACACUAGAUUGAAAGCGACUUGUACUGUACCAGAACAUAUGGAUGUAAAAGUUUUGUUUAGUUUCUUCUGAUAAUGAUAACGAUGUAUUCCUGCUCCAUACAUUCCUUCACAUUGUACAGUUUCUAUGAAAACGCUGGCAUGCUGGUGGGGUUGUAUAGUCCGUCAUCAUUUGUGAUUGCUCUUCUCAGUCAAUAAAAAUUUUGCUCAA